UUGCCCAUAAAAACCUACUCUACCCGUCCCGUUGAUGUACUUCUCUCACCCCUCACAUCGCUGUCGCCAGCUUUCUUCCACCCACGCGCAUCGGAUCUAUCUGUGCACUACAGAUUCCAACGAAACACCCGCCGCUUAGAUCUGAGAUCUGCCCAACAGGAAGGGUCUUCAUACAUUUCACCCUCAUCACUCACUCUCGGCGACUUGCACCUCCACAUCCCUCGCUAUGGCCGCCUUCCUCGCUAAGCGCUCUCUCAAUUUCAGACCCAUUCCCUCGAAUUCUGGAAGCCCCAAUCCACGAUUCCGUCCAAUUUCCGCCUCACUUCUUCCCCAUCUCGUUCCCACCAGGGAUAGACCUUCCACCCGAGGAAUCAUCACCUCGAGGUGCUCGAAGUCGGAUCCAGAAGAGGAUCUCGCUAAAUGGCAGCUAAAUCUACAGGGUGGCAAGGACGAUAACUUGAAUUUGGGAUUUUCGUCGUCGUCGAUAUCACAGCAGAGUGCAGAGAAGCGCGCACGUUAUCAACGCUGGACGAGAAAAGCUGCUAGCUUCUCUAACGGAUAUUUUCUUGGGUUGAUGCUGUGUCUUUGUACUUUCACACUAUUUCCUAAUAUAUACCGCAACAAGACAGAAGCGCACAUUAGGUGUGAGCAAAUUGGUGUGCUCUACGACGCUCACAAAAUGCACGAGAGGGAAGAGGAGAAGCAAAUGAUGGAGGGACGCGAUGAUAACUGA